ACUGCGCAUGUGCGGUGCGUAACACAACAAACAUGGCGGUGUUCUUGACAGGAGCAGGAAUGGCUUGUAAAAGUGCAGUCCUCCUAGCUUCUGGUCCAUGGCGGGGGAAUAUUGGCUGCUUUUCACCCGCUCUGUGCCGGCGUUGGAGCGUCCAGACGGCGGCCAGGUGCAGCUCCGGGAGCGGGCAGCAGACCAGCCGAGAGGGAAGCAGAAAAGCCGAGGAAGAGGACUUCGAAGGUCCCGAAUACAUCCCUCUGAGGAAGGCCAAGAACCCCAUGAUGCCCAUUGGCUACGCCUGGAUGGUGGGCCUCCCCGGCGGCAUUCUCCUCUUCUUGCUGGCCAGAAGGGAAGUGGACAAGAACCGCCUAAAGCAGCUGAAGAUCCGACAGAAGAUGCAGAAGUCCAACGAGGGGAGCUACGAAGGGAGCCGCUACCGCCGCGCUGUAGAGAACGUCAAGCUGGACCAGUAACGCCUGUUAAAAGACUGCUCCACUUCCACUGGUGGACAUUAUAAUCAGUGAUUUUCACCCCUGCAGGGAGCAUGACGCAACAUCCUCAUGUUUAAAUGAGAUGUAUUGAAGUGUCCAAACUUUUUCUUUUUCAAAACCAAUACAAUAUAUAUGGUAACCCUUUUAGGGAUCCCCUCAAUUUUUGUGAAGGUGUCAGUCAUUAAAGUCAUAUAUUAAUAUUUUUUCAGACUGUUGUGCCCUGUACUUUGCAGUGGUUUGUUAGGGGGAGCAGCACCAGCAGAAAUGGACUUAAACCGGAUUGCUACUAUGUUAGCAACCUUUCUUUGUUUAUUAUGUAUAUUUUAUGCUGCCCUUUUUUUUUUUGCUGCAGCUGUAAUAUUGUACAUGGUAAUUGGGAUUUCUUAUAUAUUAUAUAAAACCAUAAAAUAUAUCAGUAUAUAUUAUAUACUGUAUACAGUAUAUAAUAUAUAAAUAUUACACAUGUUAUAUUUUAUAAUGCUACUACAUUUUACUGUACUUAAUACCUGCAUUAUCCUUUCCAUCCCUUUGAAACUGAGCUACUGUGUGGAACAAUUUCCAAUA